AGGACGAGACGAUAUUUAUUCUUCAAAAUGGUUUGCUUACGAAAGUAUGAGGUUUCUACAUGACAGGGAUUAAGCAAGGAAAACCAGAAGCAAUUCACAAAUGGCCGAUGAUGACGUUAAGGGAAAUAAUGAAGACGACACCGAUAGCUUACACUACGACAGCAGUAACGAAGGUGUAGAAAACGCGAUUAUUGAUUUGGACAGUUCUCAUGAAGAAAUUCAUUCGGAUAGACACACGUCACCAAUUGCAGAAGUUAAGAAAGUAUUUGUAUCUCCAAAAAAAUCUGCCCCAAAACGAAAAGCCGGGGAAGAUCCGCGUAUAAAUGCUGCAUAUCAAUAUUUAAAGAAAGCUGCUGAAAGGCCUCAAGAAAGUAAAGAUGAAUGUGCAUCAUAUAUGGUGAAUAUGUGGCACAUAAACUAAGAAAACUAUGACCGCCACCGAGCUAUUGCACAACAUAAGAUUAAUAAUAAUUUGUUUGAAGUAGAAAUGAUGCAGUUGUCAGCCCACGCACAGACCUCUCAGCAUACCCAAGUUUUCCCAUUCAUGUCCUCAACCCAAGUUUUCGAACCACCAGUUACACAGACUCAUAUAGCUCGCUCUCCUUCAUUUGAAACGUAUAACAUGCCAAGAUACCAACGUACAGCGCAAGCUCCCGC